UCCUACCAUAUUGCGCCUUGAAUUCAUUCUUCCGUUACUCGCCAUCUUGUCUUUGAUGUGCGCGGAUGUCUAGUACUUGAUCUGAAACUGAUUUUUCAUAUUGAAGUGUUCUUUUUAUUAUUUCUGAAGAUCAAAAGAAAUUUAAGAAAAUGAGUUACGGCAGACCACCGCCUCGUAUUGAUGGGAUGGUUUCCUUGAAAGUGGAUAAUCUUACGUAUAGAACGACGCCGGAGGAUUUGAGACGCGUGUUCGAAAGAUGUGGUGAGGUCGGCGACAUUUACAUCCCUAGAGAUCGCUUUACUCGAGAAAGUCGUGGAUUUGCAUUCGUCAGAUUCUAUGAUAAACGCGAUGCGGAAGAUGCAUUAGAUGCUAUGGAUGGAAGGCUGUUAGAUGGUAGGGAACUUAGAGUUCAAAUGGCACGAUAUGGACGACCAACUUCACCACACCGAAGUCGUGGCAGUCGUCGACGAGGAAGAUCACGUAGCAGGAGCAGAGAUCGAAGACGCUCACGUUCUAGAUCACGUAGUAGAUCAAGAAGUCGUGAUAGAGAUCGUAGGCGUUCAUAUAGUCGCAGUCGUAGUCGUUCGCGUUCUGACAGUAAAAGUUCACGUGGAAAGUCUCGUUCUCGUAGCAAGUCUCCAGAUAGACAAAAAGAUAGUCGUUCCAAAUCAAGGGACUGAAGUUGAACCAUAUACAAGUACAACUACAAACAGAUGCACGCGCCGCAAGUGCAGAAUAAUCGUUUCUUGAGAACAAAAAAGGUAUUCUAUUACCCUCUAUAUCUAGAGCAACACUGUCGCACGUUCACAUUUUUUCUGUCACUUACAUAUUAAUUAUGACAACGCACUUCUUGGGUGAAAAAGAUAAAACCCAAAAACUAAUUUUAAUGUAAUGUAUCUAGAAUGUUAGUUUAUUGGAAUCGCGAAGAUUUUCAUUUGCAAGUUUUCAUAAUUAUUCUUACUCUGUUAAGUGAUAUAUUGUCUCAAGCAGUGCUUAUUCCUGAUCAGAAGAAAGUAAAUGUGUUUUUCUGUUUUCGCGUGUAUGGACGUUGUUAUAGCGACCGAAACAGCUUGUUUUGAUCAAUGAAUUAAAGUUUGUUAUAAUAUGCUCUAGCACUUAUAUAAAUGAUAUUUCUGAAUUCUGCUCUUAAAGGUAAAUUUGAAUUUUGGAUAAAUAGAGCAGACAAUAUUCGAAUUUACACUUUAUAAAUAAAUAAAAAGAAUUGUUAUUAGUUUGAUCA